CUAAAAGUGAAAUCGUCCCCCCUGGUUUAAAAACGGCUAAGAACUUUUUACUACGUUCCUGUUGCAAUUUCUCCUUUUCAGGUUAAGCACAUGGAAAUUUGUUCAGCAAUUCUUUUUACAGCACUAUUUCCAUUAGUUGCUCCCACAAGCUGGAGUUUAUCAGAUUGUGUGGUGGAUGGAAACUUCAGGAUAAAAUUCAAUGGCCGAAGGCUGAGUGAAGUUUACCCUGGCUGUGGUUAUGAAGAGGUCCCAGAAAUCCUGGAUUGAAGGAGUUUUCAACAAGAGAGAAUGUAACAAAAUCAUACCUAGCUCAAAAGACCCUCACAGAUGUACUGCAGGAUGCCAGGUCUGCCAGAAUUUAAUCAGGUGUUACUGUGGGCGAUUGAUUGGAGACCAUCAUGGCAUAGAUUACUCCUGGACCAUCUCAGCUGCCAGUGGUAACGAAAAUGAACAGUGGUCUGUUGAAAAGCAUACGACGAAAAGCCCUACAGAUACGUUUGGCACUAUUAAUUUUCAAGAUGGAGAGCACACCCACCACUCCAAGUAUAUUAGAACUUCUUAUGAUACAAAGUUGGAUCAUCUGUUACAUUUAAUGUUGAAAGAGUGGAAGAUGGAACUGCCAAAGCUGGUGAUCUCUGUCCACGGGGGCAUCCAGAACUUCAAGAUGCCCUCCAAACUUAAAGAGAUCUUCAGCCAAGGUUUGGUCAAAGCUGCAGAGACAACAGGAGCGUGGAUAAUAACUGAAGGCAUUAAUACUGGCGUGUCCAAACAUGUUGGGGAUGCCCUGAAAGCCCAUUCCUUCCAGUCCUUGAGAAAAAUCUGCACAGUUGGAAUCCCUCCUUGGGGUGUCAUUGAGAACCAAAGAGAUCUUAUUGGAAAAGAUGUGGUGUGCUUGUACCAGACUCUGGGCAACCCCCUCAGCAAGCUCACCACACUCAACAGCAUGCAUUCCCACUUCAUCUUGUCCGAUGAUGGGACUGUGGGCAAGUAUGGAAAUGAGAUGAAGCUCAGGAGGAACCUGGAAAAGUACCUCUCUCUGCAGAAAAUACACAGCUGUUCAAGACAAGGCGUGCCCGUGGUGGGUCUGGUGGUGGAAGGAGGUCCCAAUGUCAUCCUCGCUGUGUGGGAGACUGUGAGGGACAAAGAUCCGGUGGUCGUGUGUGACGGCACGGGCAGGGCCGCCGACCUCCUGGCCUUCACCCACAAACACAUAGCAGAUGAAGGGGCCCUACGUCCUCAGGUGAAGGAGGAGAUCAUCUGCAUGAUUCAGAACACUUUCAACUUUAGUCUUAAACAGUCUAAGCACCUUUUUCAAAUUCUAAUGGAGUGUAUGGUACACAGGGAUUCUAUUACCAUAUUUGACGCUGAUUCCGAGGAGUCCCAAGACCUUGAUUUAGCAAUCCUAACAGCUCUGCUCAAGGGCACAAACUUAACAGCGUCAGAACAAUUAAAUCUGGCAAUGGCUUGGGACAGAAUGGACAUUGCCAAGAAACACAUCCUAAUUUAUGGACAGCAUUGGAAGGCUGGUGCACUGGAACAAGCAAUGUUAGAUGCUUUAGUAAUGGAUCGAGUGGAUUUUGUGAAGCUCUUAAUAGAAUAUGGAGUGAACCUCCAUCGCUUUCUUACCAUCCCCCGACUGGAGGAGCUCUAUAACACAAAACAAGGACCCACUAAUAUGCUCUUGCAUCAUCUUGUCCAAGAUGUAAAACAGCAUGCCCUUCUCUCGGGCUACAGAAUAACACUCAUCGACAUUGGAUUGGUAAUCGAAUACCUCAUUGGUGGAGCGUAUCGCAGCAGCUAUACUAGAAAAAGUUUCAGAGCCCUCUACAACAACCUCUACAGAAAACAUAAGCGAGUGACCAGUUUUGCUCAAAGCCUUUCCCAGACCCCUCUUCACCGAAGACGCCCCUCAGGAAAUAGAAGUGAAUCUGCAGAAAGCACGCUGCAUUCCCAGUUCAUUAGAACUGCCCAGCCUUACAAAUUCAAGGAAAAGUCUGUAGUCCUUCAUAAAUCAAGGAAGAAGUCAAAAGAAGAACAAAACAUAUCAGAUGACCCUGAGUCCACUGGCUUUAUGUACCCUUACAAUGACCUGCUGGUUUGGGCUGUGCUAAUGAAAAGGCAGAAGAUGGCCAUGUUCUUCUGGCAGCAUGGAGAGGAGGCAACGGUCAAGGCAGUGGUUGCCUAUAAACUCUACCGAGCCAUGGCCCACGAAGCCAAGGAGAGCAACAUGAUGGAUGAUGCCUCAGAAGAGCUGAAAAAUUACUCAAAACAGUUCGGCCAGCUCGCCCUGGAUGUGCUGGAGAAGGCAUUCAAGCAGAAUGAAAGAAUGGCCAUGAAACUGUUGACCUAUGAACUCAAGAACUGGAGCAAUUCUACCUGUCUGAAACUGGCCGCGUCUGGAAGAUUGCGGCCCUUCGUUUCGCAUACUUGCACCCAAAUGCUACUGACAGACAUGUGGACCGGGCGCCUGAAAAUGAGGAAGAACUCUUGGUUAAAGAUCAUCAUAAGUAUUCUUUUUCCACCCACCAUUCUGUCGUUGGAAUUUAAGAGCAGAGCAGAGAUGUCCCAUGUUCCCCAGUCCCAGGACUUCCAGUUUGCGUGGUAUUAUGGCGACCAGAACCCCAGCGCAAAAGAAAGUGCUUAUAUGAAAGACUGUGAUUUGGAAAGAGGCCCCGAUGAGAAACUAGAUGAAAAUCACCAUUUUGACUUAAAGAGCAAUCCCCAAAGCCUUCCGUGGACCAGGAAAAUCUAUGAGUUCUACAAUGCUCCAAUUGUCAAGUUUUGGUUUUAUACGAUGGCGUAUUUGGUAUUCCUCAUGCUGUUCACUUACACAGUGUUGGUAGAGAUGCAGCCCCAGCCCAGCGUGCAAGAGUGGCUUGUUAUCAUUUAUAUCUUCACCAAUGCCAUUGAGAAAGUCAGGGAGGUGUGUAUUUCAGAACCUGGGAAGUUUACUCAAAAGGUGAAGAUAUGGAUUAGUGAGUACUGGAACGUAGUAGAGACUGUGGCUAUCGGCCUGUUUUCAGUUGGUUUUGGCCUUCGGUGGGGCGACCCUCCCUUGCACACAGCAGGAAGACUAAUCUACUGUAUAGACAUCAUAUUCUGGUUCUCACGGCUCCUGGACUUCUUUGCUGUGAAUCAACAUGUAGGUCCAUACGUGACCAUGAUUGCAAAAAUGACAGCAAACAUGUUCUACAUUGUGAUCCUGAUGGCCAUAGUCCUGCUGAGCUUUGGAGUGGCACGCAAGGCCAUCCUUUCGCCAGAGCAGCUUCCAUCUUGGAGCCUUGCUCGAGACAUUGUAUUUGAGCCAUACUGGAUGAUUUAUGGAGAAGUCUAUGCUUCAGAUAUAGAUGUUUGUGCAAGCCAUCCGUCUUGCCCUCCUGGUUCUUUUCUUACUCCGUUCCUCCAAGCUGUCUACCUCUUCGUGCAGUAUAUCAUCAUGGUGAACCUGUUGAUUGCUUUUUUCAAUAACGUUUAUGUAGAUAUGAAAUCCAUUUCCCAUAAACUGUGGAAAUACAAUCGCUAUCGUUACAUCAUGACCUACCACAAGAAGCCUUGGCUGCCCCCACCUUUCAUCCUGCUGAGCCACGUUGGUCUCCUCCUUCGCCGCCUUUGCUAUCAUCAAGCUCCAAAUGACCAAGAAGAGGGUGAUGUUGGAUUAAAACUCUACCUGAGUGAGGAGGAUCUGAAAAGACUUCAUGAUUUCGAAGAGCAGUGUGUGGAAAUAUACUUCCACGAGAAGAUGGAAAGUCUGAAUUAUAGCUGUGAGGAACGAAUCCGAGUGACAUCAGAGAGGGUUACAGAGAUGUACUUCCAAAUGAAAGAAAUGAAUGAGAAAGUGUCUUUCAUAAAGGACUCUUUACUGUCCUUGGACAGCCAAGUGGGACACCUGCAGGACCUCUCUGCCCUGACAGUGGAUACCCUGAAAUUCCUUUCUGCUGUUGACACCUUACAAGAGGAUGAGGCUCUCCUGGCUAACAGAAAGCAUCCUACGUGCAGAAAACUUCCCCACAGCUGGAGCAAUGUCAUCUGUGCAGGGGUUCCGGGCAGCUUGGAGAUCUCUGGGGAGAAGAAAUACCAGUAUUAUAGCAUGCCUCCUUCAUUGCUGCGGAGCCUGGCCAGAGGCCAGUGUACCCUGAGAGGGCAGAGGGGGCCCCUUCUUGAGAUUACAGACAGUCAAAGAAAGGCUUCAAAUGUAAGAGAUGAGCAGGAAAGGCAACAAACAGAAACCACCAUAGUUGCUUCUGGAGUGUCCCUUAACAGGCAAGCACAGCGAAAGUAUGGCCAGUUUCUCCUGGUCCCUUCUUAUUUAAAGCAAGUUCCUUUUUCUGCAGAAACUGAGUUGCCUCUGUUCAGACCCUCUGUGGAAGCAGGUACAGAUGUGCUGGCAACUGAACAGGUCACCCAGAGUGAGGUCCCUGUUCAUCUGACUUGGCAGAGCCCAGCUGUCUCAGCUCAGGGCUCAGUGGCCAAACCCGAGGCACAGUACGCGUCAGGAGCUCAGAUACCAGCCAGACAAGACAAGGGGGAGCAAGUUCUACCCACUUUGAUUUGUACGUCUCUACCAAUGAAAGUGACCUCCCUCCCUUCCCAAGGCGAGAGCAUGGGAACUGAAGGUGGAUAUGUGAACUGGGCAUUUUCAGAAGGUGAUGAAACUGGUGUGUUUGGCAUCAAGAAAAAAUGGCAGACCUGCUUGGCCUCCACUUGUAAUAGCGACUCUAAAGAGAGUGGCCAAAGCCAGAGGCAGAUCCGAGCCAGAUCCCUCUCUGAUAACUCAUCAAGCUUGGCCCAUAGUAGUGACUGCUCGGAGGUGGGACCAUGGCUGCAGCCAAACACAUCCUUUUGGAUCAAUCCUUUCCGCAGAGAUAGGCCCUUCACUCGGAGUCACAGUUUGAGAUUCCACAAGGAGGAGAAACUGAAGAUCUCUAAGAUUAAAAACCUUUCAAGAUCCUCAGAGAUAGGGCAGUCAGCAUGGAUCAAAACAAAAAUGCUAAUCAAGGAUAAGAGAUCGUCGAAGAAAAAGAAGAAAACACAAGGACUGCAGGUGCCAGUCAUAAAGGUCGACACCUGCUCUCAAAAUGACCAGCUGGAUUCAGAGCCAGGAGAAAAUAACAUCUCAGAAGAAGAGGCCUACAGCAAGAACCGGCUCACAGUGUCCAAAUUUAGUCAGAUAAGUCUGGAACCCUCUAUAUAUCAGAAAAUGAAAACCAAAGAAAUGGAACAGCAUGCUAUCCAAGUCAGUGAUUAUCUAAAGCAGUCUCAAGAGGAUCUGAGCAGAAACUCUUUGUGGAACUCCAGGAGCACCAACCUCAAUAGGAACUCCCUGUUGAGAAGUUCAAGUGGAGUUGACAAAAUCUCAGCCUCCUUAAAAAGCCCUCCAGAGCCUCGCCAUCAUUAUUCAGCCAUUGAAAGGAACAAUUUAAUGAGGCUUUCUCAGACUAUACCAUUUACACCAAUCCAACUGUUUGCAGGAGAAGAAGUAACUGUCUACAGGCUGGAGGAGAGUUCCCCUUUGAACCUGGAUAAGAGCAUGUCUUCUUGGUCCCAGCGAGGGAGAGCUGCAAUGAUCCAGGUGCUGUCCCGUGAGGAGAUGGAUGGCGGGCUCCGGAAAGCCAUGAAAGUCAUCAGCACCUGGUCUGAGGGUGACAUUCUCAAGCCGGGGCAGGUUUUCAUCAUGAAGUCCUUUCUUCCCGAGGUUGUGAAGUCAUGGCACAAAAUCUUCCGGGAGAGUACUGUGCUUCACCUUUGCCUCAGGGAAAUUCAACAACAAAGAGCUGCUCAAAAACUGAUGUAUACCUUCAACCAAGUGAAACCACAAACCAUUCCCUACACACCAAGGUUCCUGGAAGUUUUCUUAAUCUACUGCCAUUCGGCCAACCAAUGGUUGACCAUUGAGAAGUACAUGACGGGAGAGUUCCGGAAGUACAACAACAACAACGGUGAUGAAAUUGCCCCCAGCAACACCUUGGAGAAGCUGAUGUUGGCUUUCUCUCACUGGACCUAUGAGUAUACCCGGGGAGAGCUGCUGGUUUUAGAUUUGCAAGGUGUUGGAGAAAAUUUGACUGAUCCAUCUGUUAUAAAACCUGAAGACAAACAAUCAAGAGGAAUGGUGUUUGGACCAGCCAAUUUAGGGGAAGAUGCAAUUAGAAACUUCAUUGCAAAACAUCGUUGCAACUCCUGCUGCCGGAAGCUCAAACUCCCGGAUUUAAAAAGAAAUGACUAUUCUCCUGGAAGGAUAAAUUCCACUUUGGGACUUGAUAGCAAAAUAGAACCGGCUGAGGGGCCUCCAGCAAGGGAAAGGGGUCGUAAUUCUCCGGAAGACCUCACCCGCCUGUAAAAAGGGAAAGAGAAGCCAGAGGGCACCACCUCUUCCCCUCCUUUCCGAGGACUCUGGUAACAGAGAUUGAUUGGAGUACCAAAGGUGACAGCAGAGCCUCUGUCAGGAUGGCCUGACCCCGCGCCCUCCCUGAGACACGCCUCUGAGCCUCGCGUCUCGCCCUGCCGAAGGACCUCACUGGUGUUGGAUGAACGGGUUCUCCCAGAUACCGACCUGUGUGUGUUUGUCCUCUUGUAGUUGGGUAGGAAGACACUCAGACGAGCCAGCUGGGAAUACUGCUCCCUCAUACCUCAUUGCUUUAGCUGGUUGCUUAGAACCCUUGGAGCCGGAUGGUGGGCACUGAAGAACCAGGGAGAUUAAUUUAAUUUAUUUUCUCACUGUGUGCACUGACUCGAGCCCCCACUGCUGUUCAUUACCUCACCCACGUAUUGUGUUUAU